CCAGAGCCGGGAGCGUAAGGCGGAGCCGCGCGGUGCCGGUGCCGCUAUGCGGGGCGGGGACGGGCCGUGCCGUAGCCGGUGCGUGGGGCGGAACCGUGUGGUGCUGGUCCCGGUACGUGGGACUGUACCGGUGCCGGUCCGCGGGGCGGGACCGCGCGGUGCCGUAGCCCGUGUGUUGGGCGGGGCUGUGCCGGUGCUGCUACGCUGGGCUGCGCCGGUGCCGGUGCGUGGGGUGGAGCCGUGUUGUGCCGGUACCGGUCCGCGGGGCGGGGACGAGCUGUGCCGGAGCCGGGGUGUGGGGCGGAGACGAGCGGUGCCGGUGCCGCUAUCCGGAGCUGUGCCGUAGCCGGUCCGCGGGGCGACGCGCCCCUAUGAGCCGGUGAGGCGGCAGCGGUGCGGGAGGGAUGGCGGCGGGCGGCGGCGGAGGGCGGCCGCCGGGCCCCGACCCCGCGCUGGAGCCCUACGUGCAGACCCGCAUCUUCAAAAUCAUCGUGAUCGGAGACUCCAACGUGGGCAAGACGUGCCUGACCUUCCGCUUCUGCGGGGGCACCUUCCCCGGCAAGACCGAGGCCACCAUCGGCGUGGACUUCCGCGAGAAGACGGUGGAGAUCGAGGGGGAGCGCAUCAAGGUGCAAGUGUGGGACACAGCUGGCCAGGAGAGGUUUCGGAAGAGCAUGGUGGAGCACUACUACCGCAACGUGCACGCCGUGGUCUUCGUGUAUGACGUGACCAAGAUGAGCUCUUUCACUAACCUCAAAACGUGGAUCGAGGAGUGCAACGGGCACGCGGUGCCCCCGCUCGUCCCCAGGGUGCUCGUGGGGAACAAGUGUGACUUGAAAGACCUGAUCCAGGUGCCAUCCAGCCUGGCCCUCAAGUUCGCCGACGCUCACAACAUGCUUUUGUUUGAGACCUCGGCCAAGGACCCACAGGAAAGCCAGAACGUGGACGCGAUUUUCAUGUGCCUGGUGUGCCGGCUGAAGGCGCAACGCUCGCUGCCCUGCCGGGACACGGAGGGCUGGCCGGCGCAGCCCCAGCCGCACUCCCGGCGGCUGGACGAGGCCAGCAGGAAGGGCUCCUGCCCGUGCUGAGCGGGACCCGCCUGGACCCCAAUAAAGGCUCUGAGCCCCCUGCGCUCCGACUCUUGCUU